GGGGCGGAGCGGGACGGACAACCCUUAUAAGGCUCGAGGCUGCUCCGCUGCACCGCGUAUUUCCGCCAUCGCUCUCUUUGUCUACGCUGCAACCAUGCCGCCCUACACCAUCAUCUACUUCCCCGUCCAAGGGCGCUGCGAGGCCAUGCGCAUGCUGCUGGCUGACCAGGGCCAGAGCUGGAAAGAGGAGGUGGUGACCAAGGAGACCUGGCUGCAGGGCCCUGUUAAGGCCUCCUGCCUGUAUGGACAGCUCCCCAAGUUCCAGGAUGGAGACCUCACCCUAUACCAGUCCAAUGCCAUCCUGCGCCACCUGGGACGCUCCCUGGGGCUGUAUGGGAAGGACCAGCGGGAGGCGGCCCUGGUGGACAUGGUAAAUGACGGCGUGGAGGACCUCCGCAGCAAAUACGGCACCUUCAUCUACACCAACUACGUGAGCAUGGGCACCAGGGGCAGGCACGUGGGACCAACAAAGUACUAUGUGAAGGAGCUGCCAGAGCACCUGAAGCCCUUUGAGACGCUGCUGGCCCAGAACCAGGGGGGCCAGGCCUUCAUCGUGGGCAACCAGGUGAGUGGCCGUCCCUGUCCUACCCCUGCAAUGCCACCCUCUUCUUACAGAUGGGAGACAGGUGCAGAGAGAGCACGUGAGCCAUUUGUUGCUGGGUGGACCUUGGACUCCUUCCCCUUGCUCUCGGCCUAUGUGGCUCGCCUCAGUGCCCGGCCCAAGCUCAAGGCCUUCCUGGCCUCCCCCGAGCAUGUAAACCGGCCCAUCAAUGGCAACAACAAACAGUGAGAGCUUGUGGCACCCUCGGCAGGAGGCAGGGGGCCGCCUGCCACCCAGCUCUUCCGCAAGGCCAAUAAAAUUAGCAAGAGAAGUCA